AUGCGUUUAUUUUCUUUUUUAUUAUUCUACAAAGCCUUUAACUUUCUUGUUGUAUUAGUUUCAUCAUGUUCGCCAGAAAUCAAGGAUGGAAAUUUCAUUUCUACAAGUCUAUCAUUCUCUUCCAAUUGGCGAUUCAAUAUACAAUUUUACGUUCCAUUUACGGGCUCAUUUAUUAUAACGUUUAACUCUGGUGACCAACCAGCUGAUAAUGAAAUUUUCAUGUUGAAACAACCAACAACUGGUGUUUACGAGUUUCGACCAUUUGUUAGUUUUUAUCGAGAUUUAACUAUUGAAAUACCAGCUGAAAGUAUCAAUAAUGUUGAUGCUCCUUUUAGAAUUAAUCGCAGCACCAACGGAAAUAACCAAAGAUUCUCUAUCGAAUGUGAUGCCUGUAAUCUUAGUACCAAUUCAGCGAAUUGGGUAAAAUAUCACACUUCGUGUUUGAUAAAGAAUUUAGCAUCUAAUCUUUGUAUGGGCGGCAAAGAUCUAACUGCCAAUGUGACUCAAACAAAUUGUGCAGCCGCGUCAAAAUGGGAUCUUUUUGGGAUAAUAUCACCAGAUAUACCUAAUACUUUAUUACCAACUACAACAACUUCUUCUGAUUCUUCUAAUUCAUCUAAUUCAUCUACGAUGGCGAGCUCAACGGGUGUUAUCUCAGCGAGUGGACUUAUAGCUGCAGUGUCUGGAUCGAUUAUCGGCACAGCUAUUAUUUCUUUAAUAGUAGGGUAUUGGGUUAUUAAACGCAAGCAACUCUCUAAAAAUGAACUACUUACUAAAAAUGAUCCUGUUAAUGUUCAAGUUAUUUAUAAUUAGACUAAAUUUUGCGAUAAGUAUAUUAAUAUAGAAUUUGUAUAAUAUUACAUUAAUUAUAGCAAUGUAUAAUUGUCAAUUCAGAUAUCAGAGAAAUUAUUCGUUCAUGUUCCAAUAUAAAGUAUCUCGAAUUAGAAUGUUGUAAAGGUAUUAAUAAGAAAAUAAUGGAGAAGGGAACGAAAUAGGAUGAUCUGUGCUUAG